AUGAUAAAAAUAGUAUAUGACUUGGCUUCUUCUGCUCCUACUACUGUUGCAGGAAAUUCUCGUCUUAAUUUAUUACAGAAAGAGUUGCAUAGCUUAGAAGCUGAUUAUCCCAUUACUGAGGCAACGAAAAUACCUUUUAUUACUGAAGAAGCAAAUCGGAUUCAAGCAAGAAAGCGUAUACUUUGUGGAAUUAAUGUUUACGAUUGUCCCAAGUUCUUUUACCUAGAAAAGGUUCAGGAAAGACUUAACGAAUGUAAUAUUACCAAGCCUCCUUCAAUGCAAAAUCUAAUAGACAUAAUGAUAAUGCUAUAUGAGGUAGAAGAACCCCGGCCAUUCCUUUCAAUGGAAAAAAAUCCAAUACGAGCAAGAGAAUUACUUAUCUGGAUUCAGAGAUUAAUACCGGAUAAAUUUCCCUUCUUGUUAAAAGAUAAGGAUAGAAAUACUAAUGUUGCAUCUCUUAAUCAAUUCUUAAGUUGCCAUAGAAUUACCUCAUAUAUGUUAAGAAAAAUAGAUGCCGAUCAUGCUUCCAGAGUACAUGGAGGUAGGAAUGAUUCCCACCGUCAAUAUUUAUGGCAAUUGGCAUGUAGACAUAAAAUAGGUCAUGCUUCAUCAGUUGAACAUUAUGGUGUAAUGAAUGACAGACCAAAUACUCCAGCACCUAAACAAGAAAAUAGUGAGGUCGAGGAUAAUAUCAAUUUAUACAGAGAAAUUUUUGACAAUAAGAACUAA